CAUAGAGGCUCAACUUUAAAGCAAGCAUGAGUUACAGGACUGUGGUGAUGUACACGGAGAUCGGCUGCUUUGUAGUCUGUGUCACAGGAUGGAUCCUGGUUUGCUCCACAAUGCCCACAGAGAUCUGGACAUGGUCUGAGGUAAACAGCAUUGUGUUGACCACCUCAAACUACUUCUCCAACCUGUGGAAGGAUUGCAUUUCUGAUUCAACUGGAGUAUCUGACUGCAAGGGAAUUCCAUCAAUGCUCGCUCUGCAUUGGGACAUUCACAUGUGCCGUGCGCUCAUCAUCAUCUGUAUUAUCCUGGCUUUCUUUGGAUCAAUUCUAGUCUUAGUGGGAAUGAAGUGCACUAAGAUUGGUGGAACAGAGAUUAUUAAUGCAAGAGUAACAUUUGCUGGGGGCAUGAACUACCUUAUUGGAGGGAUGUGUUCUAUGGUUGCUUUCUCCUAUUAUGGAAACAAAAUUAGAGCAGAUUUCCAGGACCCUAACUACAAACCUCAAAAAUUUGAAAUAGGUGUUGGUGUCUUUAUCGGCUGGGGAGGCUCCACCUUACUUGUUGCUGGAGGCCUUAUUUACAGUAUCUUUGCAGGGAUGGAAGGGUGCGACUCAAGCUCACAAAAAUACCCUGACUACCAGGCGCCUGAUGCCUACACAGUUGUUUCGACAAAAAAAAGCAUUUCUUCAGGUGGCACAGGGACUAGUGGGAGCAGAAAAUCCGGGACCACCAGGGGCAGCAGCGGCAGCAGCCUCUCUGGAAUCACCACUACGACCAAGACGACAGCUACAAAUGCAUACGUGUGACUUCUUUUCAAUAGUCUGUGUUUCUGUCCUUGUCCAUAAAAUGUACGUGUGGCUUUAUUUUCGUGAUCAUUCUAUAUUUCAAAAUCCAUAUUUUAGCUUUAAUGUCCGAUUUAGAAAUUACCUUUUUCCACAGCAAACAUAUUAACUAGUCAUAGAAGGAAAAAGCACUGACUCUGUGAUAAUCAAGACGCAAAACAUGUGUAAUUAUUUGGAUGUUUUGCUGUUGUUGUUGCCACUAAUAAAUGUUUUAAUACGAAAUGUAGAUAAUAAUAAUAAUAACUUGAUUUAGAUAUAAAUAUAACUAUGUAUGAAAUAUGAACACAGAUAUAACUACUGUAUUAAUGGUCGGACUUUACAUUGACUAAACAUGUAAGCCACACAUCUCUAAAGCUUUAAUUAGUCAGGUUUUUAUAAAAUGUGCCAUUAACCUAAAUGUUCAAUGAAUAUGUGAAUUACACCUAGUUUUAGAUAGACUCAUCAGGAUUUAAAUAUUGCUCAUUAAAUAUCAUUGGUGUAAAGUAACUAAGUACAUUCACUCAAUCGCUGUACUUACAUAUAGUUUUGAUGUACAGUACUUACUCUACUUCACUACAUUGCAGAUCUUCUUUUUUUAAACGUUUUACUUAACUACAUUUAUCUGACACCUAAAAUUACUAGUUAAUUGGCAGAGUAGGAUUCUUCAUGCAAUAACUGAUCUGUUUAUAUAUGUGCUUGGUUAUAGUUUAGUCUAUAUAGUCUAUAUAGCAGUUAAAGUUAGCUAAACCUCGGCUAACUAAAACAUUAUAAUACUGCGUACAGGUUAAUGCAUCAAUAAUAAUGAUUCUGUACAUAAUAAUUUUGCCAGGUACCAUUUUCAUAAGGAGUCAUUUUACAUUUGAUAUUUAUAUGCUUCUAUACUUUUACUUAAAAGGCCUGUGUAUAGGAUCUGGCGGCAUCUAGCGGUGAGGAUGCAGAUUGUGACACAACUUCAACUUUUCCCUUGUGCCAAGUAGUUCUAUGCAGUCAAUGCAAAAGGGGAUGGCCUUCUCUAGAGCCAGUGUUUUUUUUGUUCUUGCUACUGCAGAAACAUGGUGGUGCCUCACUCCGUGAAGAAGCCUGUAGAUAUUAAUGCCUCAUUCUAAGGUAAAAAAAGACAAUUAAUGUUAUUUUCAGGGAAAACAUCAUAAUAUCAUAUUCCAUUCCUGCAAAUACAUCACCCUACAUGCUACACUCUGGCCUUUUAAGUAAAAUGUUGAAUGUAGGACUUUUACAAAAAAUAUGUAUGUUAAUGAGUGUGUUAAUUUAGUGAUACAGCUACUUUUACUUAAGUAAAUCAUCUGAAAGUUUCCACCAUUGCUGAAUGUUUGCUCCCUUAUUUACCACUCUCAUAAGAACCAUAUGUCCCAGUCUACUAUUUACCACUAACUCAGCUGUGUAGAAUUAAUAACAAAUAUUUUAUCUUGAAAGUAUCUUGUAUCUGUUGCUCUUCAAAAGGUUUCUUCCCUUUUUCUCCACGGUAAAGGUUUUUUCCUGUACCGAUGUGAGGUCCCGGGACAGAGGAUGUCGUAUGUGGACAGAUUAUAAAGCCCUCUGAGGCAAAUUUGUAAUUUUGGGCUACACAAAAUAAAUGUAAUUAUUUUUAUAAAAAAUAAUGAAUAAGGACUAAUGAUUUAUAAUUACAAACAUUCUGUGACAUUAUUACUUAAAACUAUAUCAUUUAAAACUGUCUAAUUUAAAGCUGUAU